UGCCCGCCCCAGGCUUUGGCUUUCGUCUCUGGCUGCGGGCCCUGCCUGGCUCGCAGAGCGGCCACUUCGCGCGACGCGCUCACCCAGAGCCAACGGCAGCGAUGGAGACGGCGGCGGUGCGGCUCCUGCGCGGCGGCACGCUGCUCAGAAGAAGCGUCCCCACAUGCCUGUCUUCUUGGCACAGUCCUCCCCGAGUCCUCAGAUCUUCCCAGCCAGAAGCUGUCCUCAGCGUAACCAGCAAUGGGCUGCCCUGCGCCCCCCUGCAGACCUUCACAGAGGAGGAGCUGAUGAUACAGAGCACAGUUAAAAAAUUUGCCCAGGAACAAAUUGCUCCUCUGGUUUCCAUGAUGGAUGAAAAUUCAAGAAUGGAGAAGUCGGUCAUCCAAGGCCUGUUUCAGCAGGGGCUGAUGGGUAUUGAAAUCGACACGAAAUACGGAGGCACGGGAGCUUCGUUUUUUUCCUCUGUCCUGGUGAUAGAGGAGUUGGCCAAAGUGGACGCCUCUGUGGCCGUGCUCUGUGACAUCCAGAACACGAUCAUCAACACGCUGUUCAAGAAGCACGGCACCCAGGAGCAGAAGGCCGCCAUUCUGCCCAAGCUGGCCACGGAGAAGCUAGGAAGCUUCUGCCUUUCCGAGGCCGGUGCAGGCAGCGACUCGUUUGCCCUCAAGACCAGAGCUGACAAAAAGGGAGACUAUUACGUCAUCAACGGGUCCAAGAUGUGGAUCAGCAGCGCCGAGUAUGCGGACCUCUUCCUGGUGAUGGCCAACGUGGACCCUGCCGCCGGGUAUAAAGGAAUUACCUGCUUCAUAGUGGACCGUGGUACCGAAGGUCUCCAAGUAGGAAAACCAGAGAACAAAAUGGGCAUCCGAGCCUCUUCCACCUGCCCGCUGACAUUUGAAAAUGUCAAGGUUCCAGCAGCCAAUAUCCUGGGGCAGGUCGGACAUGGGUACAAGUACGCCAUCGGGAGUCUUAACGAAGGCAGAAUCGGAAUCGCUGCUCAGAUGCUGGGACUGGCACAAGGCUGUUUUGACUACACUAUCCCAUAUAUUAAAGAAAGGAUACAGUUUGGCAAAAGAAUAUUUGACUUCCAGGGACUUCAGCACCAGGUGGCUCAAGUGGCCACCCAACUGGAAGCUGCCAGAUUACUGACGUACAACGCCGCUAGGCUCCUGGAGGCUGGGAGGCCGUUCAUUAAAGAAGCGUCAAUGGCCAAGUACUACGCAUCGGAGGUUGCGGGACUAACCACGAGUAAAUGUAUUGAGUGGAUGGGAGGUGUCGGCUACACCAAAGAUUUCCCUGUGGAAAAGUUCUUCCGGGAUGCCAAGAUCGGUACAAUAUACGAAGGAGCCUCCAACAUCCAGCUCAACACCAUCGCCAAGCGCAUCGAUGCAGAGUACUGACCCCCAAGGUGGGCCCUUCCUGAGGUCACAGGUGCAAACUGGGAAGCUGUGUGCCUUACGCCUUACGGGGGAGGAAACCUCCACAACUUUGAAGUAUUUAGUCUAAACCCUUUGUCAUAGUCCUGGCGAGGCCUACUUAGCACAAGCACAGGAAAAUCACUUUUUAAGAGUUGGGAAUAGAUAUAUCCAUAUUUUCUCAAAAACAAUUUUUAAAAGUUGUCAGUGUGUCAUCUUUCCACCUUCCAAGUGUGCAGACAUUUCAUUCCAUGGGCAUCUGGAAAAAUUUGAGGUUUUUCGAACCAGACAUGGCUCUUUCAAAUUCCUAUGUCAGAGCACCCGUGCAAGGAGCAGCUGUGAUGGGCAUUCUCUGGAGCCGGCAGAGCCUGCCCUAAGUCGCUAGACUUAGAAACUGAUGAGCAUUUUCUUUAGAAACAUCUAAAAGUUCUACUUCUAAGUAUCUGAGAAUGAGUAGAACGUGCCAUGGAGCUGUGAGUCGCGUAGUUACGGAGCCUGCAGUUCGCCCAGCCAAGCUGUGGCGCUGCGGCUGCGAGCGGCUGCAGGUGCCAGGUGCGGCCGCGGUGGCCAUGGCCCAGGAGCCGCCGCGCUGCUUCCCGGUGGCACCUGUACCCGAGCUGCGCUGGUCGUCAGGAGCUCCCCGGCGUUACAGGGCUCCUCUCUCGUGCUGCUGUCAACCCUGUCGUUUCUGUCUGUUUAGAUCAGUCGUGCUUCCCACACGCAGCUGUCGGGCUUUAUCAUGAUCAGCAACUCAAAUCAUGUGAUUCCGGGGGUUCUGCAGAAGGGGGCUGUGGAAUUUGGGGAGCACGUUCUGUGACAUAAACCACUGAAACGAAGUUGGUAUCUCAGAGGCAGACAUCAGUCCACUGCACAGAUCACAAAAGGACCAGACUGGGCAAGGUGCGGAGCUGCUGCCAGGAGAGGCCCUCCCGGGCGGGGCUGCUGGAGCAGGGCUGCUGCUUCCUGUGAGGGUGUGCGCAGGCGCUCACCUGGGCGGGGGGGGGGCACUGCUGUCCCGCGGGAAGGUCUGAGUUCUCCAAGGAGAAGAUCGUGUCUGUUACGACAUCUUGACAUAUUCUAAGAAGUUUUGCUUGGUGCAUUCACGGUUAUUGGAUUGGAAGAAUUUCUUGCACAAAUCACAGUUAAAUAUUCUGAAUAAUAUCAAUACAGUGGGGAUAGGAAUUACAGUGAUGCAGGCGGAGGAAGUAAGGGCAGAUUUAGGCCAGAUCAAGACAGAGUCUCAGCAUGAUGGAAACCAGCUCAGUCUUUUGGAACAAAAAGAACCAGCUGGGCAGGAAAGUGGGGGAGGGAUAACAUGCCCCAGAAGGGGGCUUGGGCACCUCCAGUUUCUGCAGCUAUCUGGAAAAGGAGGACUUCACAGGUGAGGGAGUAGAAGCCAACUCCAGCGACAAGAAUCCCAGCUUGUUCCUUCCUAUGAAAUCUCCCUCCUGAAACAGAAACCCUCUCGUCCCAGCUAACACUAACCACCCAUUUCUUCUCUACCUUGAAUUUAUACUUAGUAUUGAUAAAAUUCUGUGCAUAUUUGUGUGUAUAUUCGCAAAGAUCAGCUGCAAAUUAAUGGUGUAUUAUGGUCAGCAUGCACGAACCCACCCUCCUCCAUGAGCUUUGUGUCAUUUUAUCACAUGCCGAAGAGGACGGGCAGGUUUGCCUCUGUUUCUCCCGCGGUAGCUCUUCAUGCCCGGGAUCUUGGGGAUCUUUAAAACUACCUGCCCUGAUUGUGUCUUGUGGUGGACAAGCUUGUUCGCCUCCUGGAGGCUCUGGUUACUGCUGCUCGUUGAUAGAGGGUCUUGGGGUAAGGGGACUCAGAAGAUGGAGACCCAGGAACCUUCACCGUAUUCUUGUCCGCAGAACUGGACUUUGCUUAACUGCCAAAGUGAGUGUUGCCAGAGAUUUCUCUUCCCAAUAUGAUGUGAAUCAUAGGAUUGUGGAAAGUUCAACUGGGAAAGAUCUUCGAGAGCCAUCCCAUCAGCCCUCUCGUUUUAGAAGUGAAGGAUUCAUAGUCCAGAAUACUGGCUCCAGGCAUCCGUCCAGACAAAGAAUCCCCAUGUCCUGCCUCUCAGUGUUCCUCCUCCUACUUAAUAUCUGCUCCACAAAUUUUGGACUUUAUCCUUGUCAUGUGUCAAUAUUCUUGCUGAUUUACGUUAGGUUUAGCUGAUAAAAGAAUGAACAUUUCAGAAGUAUUAUGAUUGAUCUGUGUCAUUGCUAACGUGUUAAUCACCGGCAGAAACACUAUGGUGUAGUCGGCACAUCGGUGAGAGAGAUCAUUAUAUGUCCACUGGGCUUUAUGAUCGUGGGGUAUUUUAAUAAAUACACUAUUACAGCCCUGCUAAUGUA